AUGAUUCUCUUCGACCCGCUGAUAUGGAUAUGUCCAGCGGUAUCAGCCGGCUAUAUGCCGACAGAAGAUGAUAAGCCAAUCAACACCAAAGUAAAAUGUGAAGACUCCUGCACCAGAGACUAUAGCCAAGGACCCCUUGGCUACAUCAACCGCACUUUCGCCUGCACUAUACUUUCUCCUGUCUGUGAUUCUGAAAAUAUGGAAUACUGUAGCCAGCGCAGGGGACCACCGAUCCAACACGUGAGCCGCUCUUAA